GAUCCGUUUUGUUCCGUUUCUCCCUCGUUUUCUUUCGAACUGCACAACGCCAACGAAAUAAGAACCGUUCGUGCUUUACACUAAGUGAAAACGGUUUUUAUUCGCCCUGUUACGUUCCAGAACUUUCCUCUUCCUGUAAAUAUUUCUUUCCGACGUUGUUCCUUUCCUCUUGUCGUGACUCCAAAGGUGAAGUGAGAGCAGUCGGUGUGACACCUCGUUUUUGGCGACGUUGACGGCCUGAAAGGGAUUCGCUCUCUCUCAUGACGAUGUGUCCACGUCUAUAAGCAGUAAUGCUGAAUUACUACACUGGGAACCACGUCUGCGGCAGGUGAACACCACUUCGACCCUGCUCAACCAAGGACCAUGUCAAGUGAAAGAUUCCUGACAUGAUUUUGCGGGUGCAAGACCUCUUGUCCAGCCCUCCCCCGAUGGCAUCUUCCCCGGUAAACUACUCCUCGCCGCCGUUCCGCGAGGACAUGGUCUCUAGUUCUAGUGCGGCCGUCCGUUUAAGCCUUUUGUCCUGCGUCGCAGCUGGAGGCUCGGUCGGUGGCGUCUUCAUCAUAUCCGCCGUCGUAGUGAUGGAACCUCUUCGCGCCCGUGGCAACGCCUUCCUUGCUUCGGCUGCCCUUGCUCACUUGCUUGUGUCAGCCGUGGUUCUGCCAUCUAUGUGCGUCGCAAUCCUGGCCAACGUGGCCCAGGACUCCGGUUUGUGUCGCUUUCAAUGGGCCUUAGUCGUCGUCUGUUUCUUCGCUUCCGUCCUCUCGUACGCCUUUCUCUCAUGUGAACUGCGCGCUCGAGUUUCGUCUUCACCAGUGACUCACCGUCUCUGCUGGACAAAGUCUCGUGUGCUGUUAGCAGUUCUUUUUUGCUGGACAUCUGCGAUAGCACUCGCUGCGGCGCAGCGUGCCUUCGACGUUGGACCCAAUUUCUGCAGUGCCAACGGGAUCUUCCUCCUCCCGGUUCACGUGCCAGUUGCUUGCGUCUUCAUCGGACUACCUAUUCUAGUCUCGGUCAUUUGCUUCGCUUGCACAGCGUGCGCCCUUCGACGCAAUGAUCCAGCUGACUCUUGGGCGAGAGAGCUGUUGCAGAGCCAUGUCACCGUGUACGUUAUGACGAUAGCCAUGUGGGGUCCUGCCGUAGUCGCCGCAAGCGUGUCCCUGGCUCGCCCGGUGGCGUCACACCUCAUCGACGCGGCUUGGUGGAUGGCCCUCUCUCACUCAUGCACGUACAGUUACAUCUACGCUGCGACGCACCGGACGUUCAGGGUAGCCUUUGCGAAACUCUUUUUCUACUGUUGCUGCAAGAGCCACGUGACUUUCUCACGGCCUUCGACACGCGAGCAACGGGGAGGUCAGACCCCGUCGGGAAGUUCGGGAUUACGGGUUCACAUUAUCCCAGCCAUGAAUAUCUACUCUGCGAAAAAAGAGGCAUAUUAUGGAGGGGGACAGUCCAAGCACUGUUCCCAGUCCAAGUCACUACACUGCAGCUAUGACCUUUAGCGAAUGUGUGGAUAUUGGGUGUAACUGCCUCAGUACAACGAACAUCCUGUGAACGUCAGACGCUCUGUGAACAAUACUGAGGUGUUGCAUCUGUGUGUGUGUGCGCGCGUGUGUGUGUGUAGCCAUGACGUUGGCUUCAGUCUCAGGUCGUGCAGCUGGCGUUUGAGUCAUCGAGUCGGCGAUGGCUUCUUCUCUUGUAAAUAUCCUCAUAUCAGCUGAUUUAUGUGCUUAGCAGCCUCGUGAAAUCUACGGCGUUUCCAAGCAAAUGAGUGGUAUACAGGAUCCUUUACCCAUACCAAUGGUGCUUCUAUAUGGUUAGAGGAGUACAUCUGGAGAUAGUGGUACAGUAUAGUCGCCGCACAGUGUACCCCCCCCCCCGUCCCCCGUCUACUGUGCUUGACCUUUCGUGACGCAAAGCUUGUACGAUACACUUGCUACCAACUGAUAUAACGUGGCCACCUAUCGUCUACACGCAUACAACGUGCCACUGCAGAUUUUCUUUUGUAGCGACCAAAACUGUCCUAGAUUGUUGCGAAGUAGUUGCGCAAAGUUCAUCAUUGACGCACAACACCAUACGGGAAAGAAAGAGGAAGAAAAACGCACGAUGCCUACAAGAAAUGUGUUCCGCUGGUUGCAUAACUGGACCGGGGGGUAGAACGUGGAUAUCCGCAUGUAAUUAGAGCCCAGAGUUUGAAAUAAUGCGCAGCGUUUAGUGAAGUCUACAAACUCUGUAUACCACUUUUGAAAAGAUACGGCCAGGUCGUUUAUUUGAAGGGGUCCCUGACUAGGUUAUGCGCGUUGUACGGUACCCUGGCCCUGUAGAGGAUAACAAACCAAACGCGGAAUUCCUCUACAAGGAAUGACGACCAUGUGCAUGUGCACGAUAACUUAUGGACGGUAUCACGGAAGCACAGACUCGUUCAACGAUAUCGAUUACUCCCUGUUGUAAAACUUUGAAUGUUUUCUUAUUCCGUGUUAGCGCCGCGAAGCAACUGUGGCUAUGAGUAACUUGUAAUUGUGCACGUUUGACUUCGACUCACCCGAGUACACCACAAAAGCUUUCGACAAAAUUCGAUAUCGACGACAAAAGUCUCUGCGACAAAGAGCUCAUUGCUUUUCGGAGGUCGAUAUUUUAAAGGAGACAAAACGUAGCUGAACUGUAAAUCGAUCUAUAGACCUGGAGGUAAUGGGGGACAGAUAAUUCUUUCCGAUGGCUCCUUGUUCAAUUUAAAAUUUAAUGCUGAGAUUAUAUACCCCUCGCGAUAACGCAUCACCGCCGUGUGCCGUAUUUCGCAUGGGCCCACUUCCUUUCGAAGAUAGCAGCGUAGCGCAUUCAACUAAAUACCCCAGGCCACAAUCUACGACAAUAAUGACACACUGAAGGCGCCUUUAGCCCUCUUUCUUUUUUUUUCCUCCUAAACAUUCAUCGAUCCAUACAUCCAUGAAGACAGUACAGUCAGGUCAACCGCCCGAUAUCGAAAGGGAAAAAAAAAAAAACGACGUUAUAAAAUUCGGCAGUCAGGAGUGGUCUAGAGAGCCCUGUAGCCUUCACUCUGGAAGCUAAUUUCAGAAGUGGAAGGCGUGUACCAUAAGCAAGACGGCACUUGCACAGCAACCUCGUUAAAGAGUACUUUUACACGUAUAAUGUCACCAAUGCUUCUAACGUCACAAUGCUACAUCUCGACAACGGGCUUCUUCGGUGUGGCAUGCGCAUAGCUUUCGCCCGAUGUCAGGUGCCCAGCAAUGUACCACUGCUUGCGCACGUGAGCAUUUAGCACAUUUAAUGCUGUUCAAUCGCUUUGUCUCAAGCUGUCACGUAGACAUAUCUCUUCUCUUGCUUCUUACAAAGAGCUGCAGCGUUAGCUUAGGAUUGCACUAGACUGCACAGCUGCGGCACGCACAUUCGUCUAGUCGUAAGGGCUUCGUAUAGUAAUGAAGAAGGAGUGCGUGUCACUCCGGGAGGUCAUGUUGGGCUUCUCGUGUGCUGUAGGAAACGAUCGCAGGUAAUCUGAACAUCGGUAUGCAAUAAGGGAAAAGUCGACAUAUCCCUUUCUCAGUGUCGUCACUGCGGUUUGCUUCUAACUAGUAAUAUCGAAAGAAAAUCUAGUACUGUGAGUACCGUGUCACCCUCAUUUCGCGGCGCUUCGUGUGAUUCGAGGGUAUAGGGUUUCGGUCCUGCUUGGGAACGACAACUUUAUUUUUGCGACGGUGAUUGGGGUGUUUCAUCGUCACAUGCGGUACUCGACCCCACUGCUCGUGGUUUAGUUUGGUGAAAAUAUAAUCAUCAAGCCUCAGAGUGAACCUCACAGCCUUGCACUAGCUGGGAAGCUUGCCGCAACAUGGACGGAUAAAGCGGCGGAAUACGAUAACUGCCGCGUACAUUUAUACAUAUCAACAUAGAACGCAUUCAACGCACGGUUAUAUCGGACGGUUUUGUAACACACUGGCAAAACUCACAUAGUAUUUUUUAGUGUUCAGUGAGUGGAGCUACUAUGUGGUAAUAAGUAACCUAUAAUUUCCCCCGAAAGACAGACUUUACAAACAAAGCGCCUCGAUUUUAUAAUUUAAAAAUACUCGCCAUCAUGGUAAUUUUGUACCAUACUAUGUAUUUCGGUCGUUAUUUUCAAAUGUUUACAAGUAUCACGCACAAUAAACCUGAUAGUCGUUGCUCCGCUAUUUGCAUUUGCCGACUGCAUUGCUAUCAAAAUUUUACUGGAAAAAGUAUUGUGUUUCCUAUACGUCGAAACCCAUGUUCCAUUUAAGAAAGUCAUUAAGUAAGUUUUGUUCGUUUCCGACUAUCUGGCACAUUCCUGUACGAAGAAGCACCUUGUCGUCCCUAUAGGUGAUCACAUGAGGCUUCCCAGCAUUAAGCUUUGUUCGGCUUCCCCCAUAUUGCGCAUAAAGUUUUAAGCCUUUUUGUAUCGAGACUGGAGUGCAAAGCACGUGCUAGUGCAAGACGUCACCUGCUUUUAUCUCUUUUCUGCUUUUAUUACCAUGCCACGAUAGUGGUUUUCCUUUGUAUCUCUCUAUCAUAUUGUGACUUGGGCACAUGAUUUAUAUUAUUGUAUUGAGGUAUGUCUUGGGUGACCAUAUAUCUCAAUGUAAAAAAACGGGCCAUAAGAGUGAAAGGAAGAAAGAGAGAAAAAACAGAAACAAGGAAAGCUUCCUAAUCAGAGAGUUGCGUCGAAAACACACACGCGUUUCUUCACCGUUUCAAAACAAUGACGGAAGGUGGCCAAUCCAGGUUAUACGAUCGUCCUUAAUUCAGAAACACAAAAGUUUCCGUGCAUCCGUCUCCGCGCAAAAGAAGGUCCUGGUGUACCUCUGGUCACCCAGGUAUAACGAAGUACGACGUACGGGGGUUGUAGUCUUUCCUCCGAUUCUCACUUCACUUCGAAACGCAGAAACGAUACCGCUGACAGUAGACAGAUCAUCUAUAGUCCAGUUUAGAAGUGGUGGCAGUGAGGAGGAAAUUAUGGACAAUUCCCAUGAGCAAUGUGAACCGGAGUUGCAAUCGUUGUUAGAGCGCUUUACAGGAAGCUGACCUACAUUUAAAAAAAAACAAAAACGCAUAGUGUCACAUCCAUUUCGACAUACUUUGCCAUACGUGUAACUAUACGUGUAACUUGGUGUGCCCUUGCAUGAGGCAGCGUAAGACUCCUGAUUUGGGCCUUGUCGAGGCAUUCCAAUGCGCAUGUCACGUUUUCCACACAAUUCGAAGUAUAUAUC